AUGUCAAAAUGGAUUGCACUGAAGAUAAACAAAAGACAAGAAACGUCAGUUCUGGUCCAACUUGAUAAUGCUCACAGAUACAUGGUCCAAAAGAGCAGAACCUCUCUCAGAGUGAUAGUCGAGUUCAUCCUUUUCACUGUAAAACAAAACAUUCCCCAAAGAGGGCAUUCAGAAGAUAGGUCCAACACUGGACAGGAUUCAGAUGUAAAUCGAGGAAACUUGAUAGAAUUUUUGCAUCUUCGAUGUAGGGACAUCCCAUGGCUUCCCGAGAGAUUAACUUCUCAGCUGGCAACACAUCAGCAGUGGCUCUCACAAAACAUCCUAGAUGAGAUUCUGAAUAUUGCAUCUGACCUUGUUUUAAAGGACAUAUCUAAAGCUGUGGGAAAAACUGGGAAGUUUAGCCUCAUAGUAGAUGAAACAACAGAUGUCAGCAACAAGGAGCAAGUGCCUGUGUGUUUGCACUAUAUACACAGUGGUCAGCCAGCAGAAACCUUCUUUGGCUUCUAUGAAGUAAAGUCUGCAAAAGGAAAGGCACUCUUCCAACUGGUAUUGGAUGUACUUCUCAAAAUGGAGCUGAGAAUUGAGGAUGUAGUUGGCCAGUGCUAUGAUGGGGCAUCUAAUAUGAGUGGCAACGAGAAAGGUGUGGCUACAAGAGUGCAAGAGGUUGCACUCAAGACCAUCUAUGUCUACUGUUAUGGGCACUCAUUCAACCUUGCACUACAGGAUACAUUGCAGGAAAAUACUGCCAUCAGGAAUGCUCUUGGAGUUGUCCAGUCAAUCGAUAACUUCUUUAAUACACCUAAGCGAGAGAAUGUUCUCCGUUCUGUACACAUGCCAGAUAUUGACCCAACACCAUACAGUUCAUACAUCAAAUUGAAGUCUCUAAGUGAGACACGCUAG